UGCAGCAAAACACACACUGAGUGCAACAAAGUUUUAACAUGAAAGGCAAUAAUACACUUUUGUUGCAUUUAUUCUACACUACUCUCUUCCUGUUUCUUGUAGUGUCAAGUUCAUCUUCAACAGGGAAUGAAAGUAACGAUGACACUAACAGUAAAGAAGUUUAUAUCGUGUACAUGGGAGCUGCAGAUUCAACAAAAGCUUCUCUUAAAAAUGAGCACGCUCAGAUUCUGAAUUCAGUGCUAAGAAGGAAUGAGAAUGCCCUAGUACGGAACUACAAGCAUGGUUUCUCUGGGUUCGCAGCUCGUCUAUCAAAAGAGGAGGCAAACUCAAUUGCUCAGAAACCUGGUGUGGUGUCUGUUUUCCCUGACCCCAUUCUGAAGCUCCACACUACACGUUCAUGGGAUUUCCUCAAAAGCCAAACUCGUGUCAAUAUCGACACCAAACCAAAUACGCUGUCCGGUUCUUCUUUUUCUUCAUCAGACGUCAUUCUUGGCGUCUUAGACACAGGCAUAUGGCCAGAGGCGGCGAGUUUUAGCGACAAGGGUUUCGGUCCUGUUCCAUCCCGAUGGAAAGGCACCUGCAUGACAUCAAAAGACUUCAAUUCCUCUUGUUGUAACAGGAAGAUAAUUGGCGCGAGGUUUUACCCUAACCCAGAGGAGAAAACGGCAAGGGAUUUCAACGGACAUGGGACUCACGUUUCGUCGACGGCAGUGGGCGUGCCGGUGAGUGGCGCAUCGUUCUAUGGUCUGGCGGCGGGGACGGCAAGGGGUGGGUCCCCUGAGUCAAGGUUGGCGGUUUACAAAGUGUGUGGGGCUUUUGGGUCAUGUCCUGGGUCGGCCAUUCUUGCGGGGUUUGACGAUGCCAUUCACGACGGAGUGGAUAUCUUGUCGCUGUCGCUCGGUGGAUUCGGUGGAACCAAAACCGAUUUGACCACCGACCCGAUUGCGAUUGGAGCAUUCCACUCCGUCCAGCGCGGCAUCCUGGUGGUCUGCGCCGCCGGGAACGACGGAGAACCAUUCACCGUUCUCAACGACGCACCUUGGAUUUUAACCGUUGCAGCUUCCACCAUCGACCGUGAUCUUCAAUCCGACGUGGUCUUGGGUAAUAACCAAGUCGUCAAGGGAAGAGCCAUAAAUUUCUCCCCUCUUUUAAAUUCUCCCGAUUAUCCAAUGAUAUAUGCUGAGUCUGCUGCCAGGGCAAAUAUCUCCAACAUAACUGAUGCAAGACAAUGCCACCCAGAUUCAUUAGAUCCAAAAAAAGUCAUAGGGAAGAUUGUGGUUUGUGAUGGAAAAAAUGACAUUUAUUAUUCAACUGAUGAGAAAAUUGUCAUAGUGAAGGCGUUGGGAGGAAUAGGUCUGGUUCAUAUUACUGAUCAAUCUGGAUCAGUAGCAUUUUAUUAUGUGGACUUCCCAGUAACAGAGGUAAAAUCAAAACAUGGCGACGCAAUCCUCCAGUACAUCAACUCAACUAGCCAUCCAGUGGGAACAAUACUAGCAACAGUUACAAUUCCUGAUUAUAAGCCUGCUCCCCGGGUGGGUUAUUUUUCAUCAAGAGGGCCUUCAUUGAUUACAAGCAAUGUUCUCAAGCCUGAUAUUGCAGCCCCGGGAGUUAACAUUCUCGCUGCAUGGUUUGGAAAUGACACAUCAGAGGUUCCAAAAGGAAGAAAGCCCUCACUAUAUCGCAUACUCUCAGGAACUUCCAUGGCUACUCCACAUGUUUCAGGGCUUGCAUGCAGUGUCAAAAGAAAAAACCCCACUUGGAGUGCCUCCGCAAUCAAAUCUGCCAUCAUGACUUCAGCAAUUCAAAAUGACAAUUUGAAGGGUCCCAUAACAACGGAUUCAGGGUUGAUAGCCACACCUUAUGACUAUGGAGCAGGGGCAAUUACAACAUCUGAACCAUUGCAACCGGGGCUAGUUUAUGAAACCAACAACGUUGACUACUUGAACUAUUUGUGUUACAAUGGACUUAACAUAACCAUGAUAAAGGUCAUCUCCGGAACUGUCCCCGAGAAUUUCAAUUGUCCCAAGGAUUCGAGCUCUGAUCUCAUCUCCAGCAUCAACUACCCUUCCAUAGCAGUAAACUUCACUGGCAAAGCAGACGCGGUCGUGAGUAGAACUGUCACAAACGUUGACGAAGAAGAUGAAACAGUGUACUUCCCCGUUGUUGAAGCUCCUAGUGAAGUAAUUGUCACACUCUUUCCAUAUAAUCUUGAGUUUACGACAAGUAUUAAAAAACAAAGCUACAAUAUUACUUUCAGACCGAAGACCUCCUUGAAGAAAGAUUUGUUUGGAUCUAUCACUUGGAGUAACGACAAAUAUAUGGUUCGAAUUCCUUUUGUAUUAACUAAAUAGUGAAAUUAAAAAGUAGCGAUGAAUAAAUGCAAGCUAAGUUCUUCGUGGUGCCUA